UCUGUCUUUCGGAUGAGGAACACAAGGACCCUCCCUUCAUGCACUCGAACACACUUUUGUGUAGUUUAUGUGCAUGCAAAGCAUUCCAAAAUAAAUACAUGUUUAAUCUGUCCUCCCUUUGAAUGAGUAGAGAAGGUUGCAGGGCCUUCUUUUGGUGCUGUGGGAUCUGAGAUAAAUUGAGAUUUCCACGCUGCUUAUGAUGACCACCCUCGGAUCUUUCAGUAAUCUAAGGCACAGGUUGUUGGAUUGUGUGUUUGACCAACGCAAACAUUCCCUCUCUCAUCAUUAGCACCACAAAAGUUAAAGCGACGCAGCUUAUUAACUGAAUUUAUUCUCCAUCUCUCUCGUGCAGCUUUAGCACCCUCCCGACGAUUCCUCCUCCAUGGCCUUCCCAUUUGCUCCUCAAAUCUUCUUUGCUGUCCUAGUUCUUGUUCUCUUCGUGGAGCUGCCUUCCUCCUCGUCUCUUGAUUCCAGCGCAAACUCAGACAGAGAUGCUCUGCUCCGUUUCAGAAGCACGAUCGGGAAGGAUCCCAACGGAGUUCUGUCGAGUUGGCGGCUCAACCAGAGCCACUGCAGCUGGCACGGCGUGGUCUGCUGGCAAGGAAGAGCGAUCGAGCUCGAUCUAGGCGGCGGCUGCCUCUCAGGAACUCCUUCUCUCGAUCCUCUGGCGUCACUCGACAUGCUAUGGAAUCUCAAUCUAUCUUUCAACAACUUGUACGUCAAUUCCGCCACCUCUUUGCUCCAGCUCCCUCGCUCGCUGAAGGAGCUCGACAUCUCUUACUCCGGACUGACCGGUGUCCUCCCCGAUGAGUUCUUUUCGAGCUAUCCGAGUCUCUCCUACGUGAACCUCUCCCAUAACAAUCUUACUGGCUCUCUGAGUCUGAAUUCGGGCAGUCUCCACGCUCUCGAUCUCUCCUUCAACAAUUUGUCAGGCGCCAUCGCGGUGGAGAACUCUUGCAGCGGUCUAGUGCACUUGGAUCUCUCUGCGAACCGCAUCGCCGGCGCGAUCCCGCCUUCCCUGUCCAAUUGCACCAGUCUUAAGUACUUAAAUUUGUCGGCCAACGCGAUCGCAGGGGAGAUACCUGAAGCUUUGGGCGAGCUCCGGGGGCUCGAGAGAUUGGACCUGUCUCGCAACUACAUCACUGGGCGGAUUCCUCAUGCUCUGGGGAACGCUUGUGGAUCGCUGCUGCAGCUGAAGCUCUCCAACAAUUACAUAUCCGGAGCGAUUCCCGGCUCGUUCUGCUCUUGCUAUUCUCUGCAAUUGCUCGACUUAGCCAAGAACAACCUGUCCGGUGCGCUGCCGGAGGACGUGCUCGAGAAUCUCGUGUCCCUGGAAAGUUUGCUCCUGAGCAGUAACUUCAUUUCCGGACCGUUUCCGAGCUCCAUUUUCAGUUUGAAGCGCUUGAGGAUCGCCGAUUUCAGCUCGAACAAGUUGUAUGGAUCCUUUCCGGCAGUGGGUUGUUCCAGUGAGUCCUCUCUAGAGGAGCUGAGAGUUCCUGAUAAUUUGGUUACGGGCCAAAUCCCGCCUCAAUUUUCUAACUGUUCGAGGUUGAGGACGAUCGAUCUCAGCAUCAACUAUCUGCGUGGCCCGAUACCGCCGGAGCUCGGGCGGCUCCAGGGCCUGGAGCACUUGAUGAUGUGGUUCAACGGGUUGCAGGGGCCGAUUCCGGCGGAGCUCGGGCGGUGCUCGAGGUUGCGGAAUCUUAUCUUGAAUAACAAUUUCAUCAGCGGCGACAUGCCUGUGGAGCUGUUCAAUUGCAGCAACCUCGAGUGGAUCGCGCUCACCAGCAAUAGAAUCACCGGGAAGGUCCGGCCGGAGUUCGGCCUGCUCUCCCGGCUCGCCGUCCUGCAGCUCGCCAACAACAGUUUGAGCGGCGAGAUUCCUCGGGAGCUUGGAAAAUGUAGCAGUCUGGUGUGGCUCGACCUCAACAGUAAUAAGCUCACCGGUACAAUCCCACCGCGCCUCGGUCGGCAGCUGGGGGUCAAGGCGCCGAGCGGAAUCCUGUCGGGGAACACGCUGGCGUUCGUUAGGAAUGUUGGGAAUUCUUGUAAGGGGGUAGGAGGGCUGCUGGAGUUCGCCGGCAUCAGGCCGGAGAGGCUGCUUCAGGUGCCGACGUUGAAGACCUGCGACUUCACGCGGCUCUAUUCCGGUGCGGCGGUAAACGACUGGGCGCACUUCCAGACGCUGGAGUAUCUCGACCUCUCGUACAACGAGCUCAGCGGCAGCAUCCCCGUGGAGUUCGGAGGCAUGUUGGUGCUGCAGGUGCUGGCCCUGGCGCGCAACAGGCUGACUGGGGAGAUUCCGGCGAGCCUCGGCCGCCUCCGGAACCUCGGCGUCUUCGACGCCUCGCACAACCGCUUGCAAGGGAGCAUCCCGGAGUCGUUUUCCAACCUCUCGUUCCUGGUGCAGAUAGACCUUUCCGACAACAACCUGUCGGGGCCGAUCCCGGCGCUGGGGCAGCUCACGACGCUCCCGGCAAGCCAGUACGCGAACAACCCAGGACUCUGCGGCGUGCCGCUGCCGCCGUGCCAGUCGGCGCUGGGGAACCUACCGAGCACGGCGCCGCUGAGGGAACAGGGGAAGGAGAGGGGGCCGCCGGCAGCGGCGGCCUGGGCGAACAGUGUGGUUCUGGGCGUGCUGGUGUCGGUGGCGUCGCUGUGCGUGCUGAUCGUGUGGGCGAUCGCGAUGCGGGCGCGGCGGAGGGAGGCGGAGGAGGCGAAGAUGCUGAACAGCCUGCAGGCGGCGCACGCCGCCACGACGUGGAAGAUCGAGAAAGAGAAGGAGCCUCUGAGCAUCAACGUGGCCACUUUCCAGCGGCAGCUCCACAAGCUCAAGUUCUCGCAACUCAUUGAGGCCACCAACGGCUUCUCGGCCGCCAGCUUAAUCGGCUGCGGAGGCUUCGGCGAGGUGUUCAAGGCGACGCUCAAGGACGGGUCGUGCGUGGCGAUCAAGAAGCUGAUCCACCUGAGCUACCAGGGAGACCGCGAGUUCAUGGCGGAGAUGGAGACGUUGGGCAAGAUUAAGCACAAGAACCUGGUGCCGCUGCUAGGAUACUGCAGGGUGGGGGAGGAGCGGCUCCUCGUCUACGAGUUCAUGCACCACGGCAGCCUCGAGGACAUGCUCCACUCGCCGCCCACCGACAAGGCUGCCGGACCCGCCCUCAGCUGGGCGGCGCGAAAGCAGAUCGCCCGCGGCGCCGCCAGGGGCCUCUGCUUCCUCCACCACAACUGCAUCCCACACAUCAUCCACCGCGACAUGAAGUCCAGCAAUGUGCUGCUGGACGCGCAGAUGGAGGCGCGCGCCUCCGACUUCGGCAUGGCCCGGCUCAUCAGCGCCCUCGACACCCACCUCAGCGUCAGCACGCUCGCCGGCACACCGGGCUACGUUCCGCCGGAGUACUACCAGAGCUUCCGCUGCACGGCCAAGGGGGACGUCUACUCCUUCGGGGUGGUCCUGCUCGAGCUGCUCACCGGGCGGCGGCCCACCGACAAGGAGGACUUCGGGGACACCAACUUAGUGGGUUGGGUGAAGAUGAAGGUGAGGGAGGGGAAAGGGCGGGAGGUGUUCGACGGGAAGUUGCUGCUGAUGGGCGGCGGGGAGGCGGCGGAGGAGGAGAUGGAGAGGUUCUUGGAGAUCACGUUGAAGUGCGUGGAUGACUUUCCGUCCAAGAGGCCGAACAUGCUGCAGGUGGUGGCGAUGCUGAAGGAGCUCAGGCCGGCCGGGGAUGUAGCGGCGCCGAUCGCCGUAGCUUAAUGUUACUCCUUAUAAUUCUGCAUAUAUAUAAAUAUAAAUAAAUAUAUAUAUAUUUAUAUAUAUAUUAAUGGAUUUAUCAUAUAUGUCCUCCUGUCUGUGACUAAUUACAAGUCAAAACAAUUUGAAGCUCGAAAUUUUGACUAAAAGGCUUAAAAUAAAAAGAGAUAA